AUGUCAGAAUCGUCGAUCUUUAGUAAUCUAAGAAUUUUGGUUGUUAAAUCGAGUGAGCUAUCUAAGGAUGCUCUUGAUGAUAUCAUUAACACUACGAAAAAGAAUGGUGCAUUGGAAUGCGUAGUUUAUGACUUAUCACAGGAUGAAACCAAUAAUACUUCAUAUGUGGACAAAGGGCAGUUUUUAUCUCAAUUUUCAGAACAAAUACAUUGCAUAAUAUCGAAAUCAAUUGAUUUUAGUUUUUACCGUACAGCAGCUUUUGAUUUCUUGAUCCCAGUCGUGGAUCCCAAAUGGAUUGACCACUGUUUACAAUUCAAGAGGCUUAUGAGAACUACCUGCUAUUCACCUGAUCCAAUGCAUUUCUUGAAAGAUUGUUACAUUUAUGUUUCUAAACAUAGUCUUAACGUUGUUGAAUAUCAAUUGUACUGCGCUAUAGUGUCCGUUUUUGGUGGUACAUGCAUGGAUUAUUUGUCUACGAAAGCUACACAUAUCAUAACGUGGGACAAGAAUGAUGUUGCCAUCAAGGCCAUGCAGAAGUUUCAUAAGUAUACAGUGAUAUACCUGAUGCCAAAUUGGCUGGUGGACUGUCUAUGUGGCCUAGAGUACAUCAAGGAAGAUGAAUAUUUGAUCAACGUUAAUGAAGAUGAUCUUGCAUUGAAAGAGAAAAGUCAAAAGCUCUGGGAUAGAACAUUGAACAGUAUUGAUGAUUGGAAGGUAAUACCAGGGUUCCAGCUGGGAAAAAAGAUAAUACUGGGAGACGAUUUAGCCCUACCUGGUACCAGUUAUAAAUUCCUAUUAAAUUGGAUCAAAAAAUGCUUAGGUGCCCAAAUUACAUUAGUAGCUGGCCCUAGUCAGUUGAAAAAAUCUCAAGCCGAUCUUUAUAUAGGCUAUUCGGCAAACACGGAAGGUGUAAAAAAUGCAAACGAAUGUAGAAUAGUAUGUGCUAACAUUCCUUGGUUGUUUUACGUAUGGCAAAUGCAUAAAUUUAUACAUCCAAUGUCCAAACUCUUGUUAUCACCAUUGAAGAAACCUAUCUUUUCAAAUAAUGAACUCAAAGCAACCUAUACGAAUUAUUAUGGAGAGCAAAGAUAUUACAUCCAGCUGCUGGUGGAAGCCUUGGGCGGUAUCUGUAGCACGGAGUUGACGAAAAAGAAUACGCAUUUGAUUUCACCGAUUGCCUCUGGAAAAAAAUUCGAAGCUGCGCGUGCAUGGGCGUGUUGCACCGCAGCAAAUCAUUUAUGGUUGGAACAGUGCUAUAAAAGUGGACAAAAACUGGAUCCACAACUAGAGGAAUUUCAGCAGUUUCCAGUUAAUGGAGGUUUGUCACGAUCAUUGGGUCAAAUGUCGUUGAUGGAUCAUAUCGAAAACCAAUCGGAUUUGGAUGAAAAACCAAGUCAGGAACCUCCAGAAGAGGAAUUAAGAGAUUCUCAACAGCUGAACAAAGAACAUCCCAUUUCAAUGCCUACCACACCAGCAGCGGAAGAACAUUUGACUCAAACCUCUAAAUCAUCUAACCACGACGUGUCAUUAACCAAUGCUCCAGAAGAUGAGCAAGGAGAUGUGACGCAGGUUCCCAAAUCUUCUAAUAAUGAUACAUCAUUAACUAAAUUUCCUAAAGAGUUACAAGAAGAGGCAAAAGAAAGUACACCUGUGGAAUCACCGGAAAUGUCUGUACAUCAAGAGAAUGGAACUAUAGAAUCAAAAAAUGAUAAAGGCAGUAUUGCUACACCAAUAACAUCAAGGGAGUUAUCAUCUUUAUCUGCUGCUGAGAGCCUCGAAAACCCAUCUCAGCCAUUAACCCCAAUGAGUGACACCAGGAGAAGAGCGAAGGCAAAAGCGGCAGAAAAAUUACACGAGGAUAUAGAGUCAUUAAACGAGUUCCAGAAGAUCAAUAAACGUAAAAGAUCCCCAGAAUUACUCCCGGAGGCGAUUCAGGAGAUAAAGAAGCAGAAAGCUCUAGAUUCAAAGGCAGACGAAAUGGUUUCUUACUUGAAUAUAUCGCAUAAACCAUACAAGAUAAAGGCAGUGUUAACCAACUGCCAUGAGAAUUUAUCUAAUUUAGACAUUUUAAUUUUGAGCAAAAUUGGAGUGAUAAUAACUCCAGAGAUUGAAUCUUUCACUAAUACCAUCAUAGCUCCAAAGAAGGCCAGAACUGCCAAAUUCUUGAAAAGCUUUAGUUUCAAACCAUUGAAAUAUGCCUUAACGCCUAUGUUCAUUACCAAUAUUCUAACAAACAUCAAUAAAGAGAAACCCGUAGAGCUCGAAAUGAGUAAAUACUUCAUCCCCGAUAUUGAUUCUAAGGUUUUAGAAAGAACCAAGCUACCGACAAAAGUGUUUGCCAGACAUGGAUUUACUCAUGUGAAUAUUUCUGAUGAUAUUCCGGGGGGAUACAAAUUGAUUUCAAGUAUUCUAAAAUGCCAUAGCAUGGAAGAAGUAAAUGCUAUUGGGAAGAAAUUUCAAUUGGAGGAUCUAGUUGAAAACAAGAGCAAAAAGAAAAGCCCUAACUAUGUUCUCAUAGCUAGUAAAGCGUCAAUGGCUAAAAAAUUCAAUAAGUGCGUUAAAGAUGCUGACAAGAAUAAGAAAGUUUUUGUUGUUGAAUGGAAUUGGUGCGUGAAAAGCAUUUUCGACUUGGAUAUAAAUCUAGAAGAUCAUGAAUAUGUCAUUUAUAAUAAGUAA